UCCAGUAGCCACGGAUCCGAUUAUAUUGGUUUUGAUGAUCUCUCUUGUGCGGGUGCGCUCAGUCUCUUCCCGCGUAAAUUUCUUCUUCACGUUGAGCUAAUAAAAUAAAAUCUUGUGGUGCAUUUAUUUAAAUGCGCGUGGAAUUACUUUGGGGGAUUCUACUCAUUGUGACUUAUUCUUGAAAGAAGGGGUGCCCCAGUGUGUGGAUAAAUUGUAUUUGUUUGUUGAGAAAAAAGAACUAUUUUGUGAGGAGGGGAAAAAAGUUAAGCGAUUGUGGAAUUAUUUAAAUUGAGAAAAAUCUUAUUUAAAGACUUAAUAAUUUAUGAUGGUGCCGUGAUAAUGAAGAUAAGAAACUUCUUUUGGAAAAUAAGUAGUGAUGAUGAUGAUGUUGUUGCAACAUAAAACAUCGUCAAAGUGUUUUGGCAUUUAAAAGUGAAGCAUUUAAGUUUUGCCAAGGAAAAAAACUGCCAAAAGGGCAUUUUACCAUUUACUAAUGCUUUUAAUAUUUAUGGUGUGUUUAAUGAAAAUCUGGAAUAUAUCAAUGAAUAAGUCGCGGAAAUGCGAUACAAAAGAAAAUAAUUUCUUUUGUCACAUGGACUUGCAAACCGCAAAGAAAGGCAAAAAAUCCGUGCGUGGCAUGUCCGAGCAGACAUACCGUAAAAAGUCACGAUUAUUCAAUUUAAACCCUCAACAACAACAACAACACUACAAUAAGGUCCCAUUGUCGAGUGUUGCACUAAAUUUGUGUGACGUUGAAUUGUCAAAGACGACGUCGACGUGUGGUGUUGCUGCUGCUGCCGCUUCUGCUGCAAAUAUAGCCACUAAUGACCAAGAUAUUGGGAAUAAUAAUUUUCAAGAGUCAAUCGCCCGGCAGCGACUGACUGAGGAGCAUCUAAAGACAAACGUCCAAAUUGUGUUGACAAACAUCAAUCGCAACUACAACGCAUUGCAGGGUGUUGCUGCGCUGCAUGCCAACAAGCACAACAACCAACAACAGCUUUUGGAUAGUUUAAAUUGCAAAUUAAUCGACAAGAUGACCAGCCCGGAGGCGGAUUACAAUAGUAAUCCACAUUAUGCACUUAAUCAGCUUCAAUGCUCCGUUGCCUCAUCGCAAGAUUUCACUCACGACAACUCUGAUUAUCAGUGGUUUCUGGAUUAUGGGUAUCGAGAAGGUGUUCCCCAUCAGAGUAUCUUAUCAUCGCUGUCCGCAUCGUACAAUGGUAUCGGUGAGUUGUCCUACUAUGAGGACUUGGCGAAGAAUAUUGAUGUGAAUUUAGCUGAAGUUGAUAUGGAGAGUUUUCGUGCUGAAGACAUAAAUUCCCUCCUGAAUAUCCCAUCGUCGCGAAAGAGGCCUGAAAAUGAAUUUGAUGCAUCAAUUUGCAAGUCAGAAUUGCUCUUUUCACCCGUCAAGGAGUCACACAUUAGUGUGGAUUCAUUGGAUAUGGAUGGGUAUCCGAAUGAGGAUAUUAUACUCACGUGUAAGGCCAAUAAGGAUAACUACACGAUUGCCUUUGAGGGGAGUAUUGCGUAUUCGGAGGAUAGUUACUACGGGGAGACGCGUGGUGGUGGUGGGGGGCGUCAUCAGAGGAUUGAUGAAGUUGUGCGGAGGAAGGCAUUGGAGUCUAUGUCGCGGUCAGAUACGGGAUUUACGACGUGGAGUAAGUUGAAGAAGGCAGCAAGUUCCCAGCUUCAGCGGUAUCCAUCGGGGAACAAUAAUACCUCUGUGACGCAAGUGCCGCGACACAAUCCACACUGUAUCCUGCGAAAGAGUUCGAGUAUGCCGAGUUUGCAUCAUCCGGGUGGGAAGGGGAAUGUGCUUAAUGUGAGUCAAGCAGUGAGUAGUUUUGCAACAAAUGGGCGUUUUCCGAGGGUGGUGAUGCCCUCAUCGGGUACAGAGAGUCCAGCUCCGUUGCAGAGUAGCAGCAAUACGAGCAACAAUGAGCAUGUGCCCAAUCAACCGUCGUUUAGUCUCGUGAAGUUGUUCAUUAAGCAGAAGAGUAAUUCAACGGACACCUGCAUGGAUGUUUCUUCGGGAUGUUGGCCAAGUGAUUCAUCAUCAUCGGCUGAGCAGAAUCGUGUCCGGAAGAGAAGUAUGAAUGAUUCAGGGAAGUGUUCGGCGUUGAGUAGGCACGAUGAGGAGGGUGACGAUGAUAGUAGUAGCUGUCAGUACGAUAGUCUCGAUGUUCAGGUGAAUAUGGACAACAAGGCAGCUGCUACGCGGCAGCGUUCCAAUGAUCUGUACAAGGAAGUCUUUGAUUCACCAUCACGACGAAGCUACAAGGAAUGCAAUCUCAACAUUCGCACACAACCCAAACAUCCGGCUGUCUUUAAUCUAAACAACAACAAUUCCCUCGAAGCAAAUAAGAGUCUCACCGAUACAAGUCGUACGAGUGAGAAUUUAACGCAGGUUUACAAUAAGAUGCGUGUGCCAUUGGAUAUGAUAACGAGAUCAAUGCAAACAUCCUUCCCCAUUGCACCGCCCAAGGAGCGCGUGAAGGUUGUUCCGCCAUCAUUCUUAGCACAGCUGAAUAGGCAUGAAAAGAAGACGGCACCCGUGUAUGUGAUCUACCCCAAUUACACGCUGCCCAAUUUGGAUUUCCUCGAGAUGCAGAAUGAGGUGAUACUGUCACCAUUGGAAUUUCCCGCCACGAAGCGUCCCAGGCCGAAGUCUCUGGCUGACAUUGAGAAUAUCGCAGCCGGGAAGUACAAUCACAUUGUUGACUGGAAGUCACUCUUUAUGCUGCUGCCCAAGGAGUACCGACGAAUGCUGCGGAAUCUACCCGAAGUGGAGGAUGAUGUGGAUGACUAUGAUGUGGAUGUAACGUCGCAGAAGCCAAUCUUCUCAAUGACACCUCCAAUUCGACGAUCCUCCCGGCCAUUGUCGUGCGAUUGCGCCAGCUACGUUCAGGGUACAUGCACUUCCAGCAGCUCCAAUUCAUCCACAAAUCAACCCCCAAGUUCCGGCUAUCGUGGCUCCUCGACACUCCUCACGGAUUCCGAAUUGGAUAACAACAAUGACAAUAUGCGCAAUAUGUAUGUGUAUCAGUAUGAUAAUAAUAAGAUUGAGAGUGAUGUGGAACGCCCACCAACGGGGAGGAAUGUCAAGGGGAUCCUAAGACGUGGUGCUAGUCAGCCGAAGCCACGCUACAAGCGGAAUAGUAUGAUUGAGGAAGAGCAAAGGGCGCAAGUGGAGAAGAGAAGAUCCCUCCAGGAUAUCCCCUACUACGAGGACUUCCCGGAGGAGUAUGAGAGUGUGGACAAGCGCCUCCCGUACAGAUCACGACCCCUCUACUCCGGGUACAACAACAUUGACCCCAGCAAUCAUCGGCUUCCGCACCCAAAGCAGUAUUACGACUGCAAUGCAGUUAAACUCAAUAAAACCAACUACAACUACAUGACCGAAUUGAAUGAUCUUGAGCUCAAUCGUGCCCUUUCGGGGCGCCUAAGUCAAACACCACCCUUUACAUCACCACAGAAAGACCCAGAUGCCGAUGCGAGAAUUCGCGCGGAGAACUUCCUGAGUAGUGUACCAAAGUCCGAACUAAAGUACUACGCAGAAGUUGCGAAUAUUCUGGAGUCCAUUGAGAAUGUAACAGAGCCGUAUGAUCGCCUCAAGUUGCGCAAUGAAGUCAGUCGGGCUCUUGUGCAGAAGAGGGUUUCAUUCAAUCCACCCGAAGGGACAAAUAAUCCAAAUAUUAUCAACAAUAACCUCCUCGUGAUGCCCGCAGCGGGGUUGAAACCCUUCACAACACCCCCCAAUUCACCAAACAUCUCAAUGGCCGUACCCAAAGCGAAGGCAGCUGCAUCGGAGAAGGAGAAACAGGAGAAGAUCCAGAGUAAUCGUUUCAAAAGACUGCAAAUUCAGUGGGAGUUGCUGAGUAAGGAGAGUCAGGGCACACUGAAGGAGAAUAAGCUGGAGACAAAGAGUGGUGGAUCAACCCCCACAUCAGCACCCAAAUCGAGAAUUCCACGACCUGUCAGCUAUCCAACGGCAAAGCCUCUCCACACGGAUAACAAGAGUCUCAGAUCACCGAGUAAGAUUGUUCCGCCGCGGAAGUACACCACGACUGCUAAUACAUCAUCACCCACAAUUCCUCCUGCUGUGACAACAAGAACGACAACAAAAUUGCAUGGAACACCAAAGAGAACACCAACCCCAAGGGUAGCAACAAGAACUCGGUAAAGUAAAUUUGGGAUUUAAAGUAAAUUUAUCAUUUUCUUAAUUAUUAAGAAGGAAAAAAGUGAGCAUAUAUAGUAACAUUUUAGAUGAAGAAUAAUGCUAUAUAUAUAAAUUAUUUACUUAUAAAUUUAAUGUAAUGAGAAGCAGUUAAAAAACAAAUGAAAAUUCAUUUUAACAUCCAAGAAAAUGCAAAGAAAGUAAUGAGUUUAAGAAGAAAACUCCUUUCUGCAGCAACGUGGCGGUAAAAUACUCACAUAAAAAAUGAAUUUGAAAACAAAAGUGAAAUUAAUGGUAAAAAGAAUGAAUUAUUUCAACAAUUUCUUCACCAUAUUUAAAAUAUAUUUAUCACUCUAUUAAUUCGUAAGUUUAAAUGUGUGCUUCUCGACGAAUUUUCUGUUUUUUGCUUUGAAGAUUUUUUUUCACACAAAAUGAUUUUUUUUUUUUGAAUUUCUAAAGCGACCACGCAAAUGCUUUUGCUGACAAAGAAGAUGAAUAAGAAGUAGAAGGAGGUGGAUUGUGUAAUGAAUUAAUUAAAAAAUGGAUGGAAAUUGUGAGAAUCAAAUGAAAAGUAAUAUAAAAUAAUAGAAGAAGAAAAAAAAACUUUGUAAUUGCUUCCUUUUUAUGUGAACUAUUCAUUUUUUUUUCUUUAUUAAUAUUGAAAAAGUUCUAAAAUGAAAUUUUAAAUGAAAAGAAGAAUCUUUAUUGGAUUAGUUAAAUGUAUUGAGUUGCAAAGUGAUAUUCUCUUAUAGGAUAAAAUAUUAAUUAUAUUAAAAAAAAAGUAAAACAUUUUAAGAAAGGCAAAAACCCUUUAACUUAUAAGCUAUCACAGAAGAGAGAGAGAAAGAGAAAAAAACAAACAAACUAAUAUUACUUUUAAUGUAAUAAUGGAAAAAAUAUCAAUUUUAUCAAAUACCCGCGUUCUUAAAUUGCUUACAUUUGUGAGAAAGAAAGGAAGAAGGAGCAACGGAAAUUGUGAAGAUUUGCGCAGUGAUGGAUGCAUUUUGCAGAUUUAAUUAAUUACUUUUUCUUAAAUUAACGGAGAUUUUUUCUUAUUAUUUUUGAACAAUGAAUAUGCCGAAGAAGUGCCAUAUGAAAUAAUUUAUUUUUUGCUAUGAUAUGCAAAAUGGAUUUUUCGACGUGGAAAAAGUUAUGUAAUAAUAAUAAAAAAAAUGUAGAAAAAGGACUCUAUGUAUUGUAGUUUAUGUAGAGGACUUUAUUUCUAUACAAGCUACUCUCCCAAAGACGAACAAAUUAUUUAAAAAAAAGAUUUUUUUGCAAUUUUAUUUGUCUGAGAAUGCCUCAAUGAAAAUUUUAUUUUUUAAUUUUUUGGAUUCUCUGCAUUGUAAAAGAUUUUAUUUAUUGCUUACAAUGAGUUUAAUAAAAAAAAAUACUUGUCUAAUUAAAAAA